GCAGUUCAAUUAGAACAAUCUCUCCCUCAUAACCCUCUUUGAUUUUCCCCAGAAAGCUCCCAUCUUUGAAUCACUAUGAUGAAAGUGGUGCUAAAGGUGGAACUCCAUGAUGACAAAAUCAGGAAAAAAGCCAUGCAGACAGCAUCCGGUAUUUCGGGGGUUGAGUCGGUCGCUGUGGACAAGAAGGACAACAAAAUGACUGUAAUUGGGGAUGUUGAUUCCAUUAAAGUGGCUGUAAAGCUUAAAAAAUUGUGUCAUGCUAACUUAGUUUCAGUUGGACCUGCGAAGGAACCAAAGAAAGAAGAGAAGCCACCAGAACCCAAGAAAGAACCAGAACCUAAGAAAGAUCCGAAGGAGGAAUGUGCUCAACUUUUUAAGAUGUAUGAACCUGUUGGUUCUCAAGUGGAACGUUAUUUUAACCAUAUCAGACACCAACCAUAUCCAAAUUACUGUUACAGAACAUUGGAAGAGAAUCCAUGUGGCUGUGUUAUUUGCUGAGUAUUGGAAUAUCAUGGAGCUUAAUGGAUUA